ACGCCCCCAGUGUGCUCCGAUUGGCGUGGGCUCGGGGUCCCGCCCACCCCCAGCAGCCAUGGCGUCUCAGCUCCGGCUCCGCUCCGCGCUGGCCCUGGUCACAGGUGCCGGUAGCGGCAUCGGCCGUGCGAUCAGCGUGCGCCUGGCGCAAGAGGGCGCCGCCGUGGCCGCCUGCGACCUGGACGGGGCAGCGGCACAGGACACCGUGCGUCUGCUGGGCGGCCCCGGGAGCGAGGGCGGGGCGCCGCGCGGGAAGCACGCUGCCUUCCAGGCGGACGUGUCGCAGGCCGCCGCAGCCAGGCGCCUGCUGGAGCAAGUGCAGGCCUGCUUUUCUCGCCCGCCAUCUGUCGUUGUGUCCUGUGCGGGCAUCACACGCGAUGAGUUUCUGCUCCACAUGUCAGAAGAAGACUGGGACAGAGUCAUAGCUGUCAACCUCAAGGGCACCUUCCUAGUCACCCAGGCUGCAGCCCAGGCUCUGGUGUCCAGUGGCUGUCGCGGCUCCAUCAUCAAUAUCAGUAGCAUCAUUGGAAAGGUGGGGAAUAUUGGACAAACAAAUUAUGCGUCCUCCAAAGCGGGAGUGAUUGGGCUCACCCAGACUGCAGCGCGCGAGCUUGGACGCCAUGGGAUCCGAUGUAACUCAGUCCUCCCAGGGUUCAUUGCAACACCCAUGACCCAGAAAAUGCCAGAGAAAGUGAAGGACAAGGUGACUGCAAUGAUUCCGUUGGGACACAUGGGGGACCCUGAGGAUGUGGCAGAUGCGGUCGCAUUCUUGGCAUCUGAAGACAGUGGAUACAUCACAGGGGCCACAGUGGAAGUCACUGGAGGUCUUUUCAUGUAACUGCCUGCCGCAUGGAAGCGCCUGGAAGCUGGACUCUGCUCGCUCCCCCACACUGCCUGGCCUCCUGCUGAUGAGGACGCUAAGUUCCCAGGCUACAAAGGGGGUGGCAGUGUGUGGCUCGGGCAUGCUGAAUAUGGAAGGCAGGGGUGCUUGUGACCCUAAUAAAUUCCAAAUCCUCUUCCCUGCCA